AUGGAAGCAUUGAUCUGAUCAGCUCAUGUUUUUUGCAAAGUUUGUGACUAUGGGAUCAUUACAAGAGCUUGGAUGGCAGAAGAGAGUCAGAACUAAAAGUUGUGGGGAUUUUAACUUUUCCAAUUCGAUCUCUCAGCGCAGACAGUCUGCCCCAUCUCUUACUCUGAGCAAAGCCCUUACAAAGUCGAAACCUGUCUACAGGGAUUGUGUAUCUCAGAUCAGCCAGGACCCUUACAAUCUGAUCCAGUCUCUACUCAGCCCUUCUAGGAAACUCAUUUCUCAAGGGAAUGUCCUGCUGCAGACUGGUGUUCAGACCCAGGAGAGAUACCUUUUGCUUUUCACAGAUCUCCUCAUCAUCACAAAGGCAAAAUCUGUUAUGCAGGUGAAGCAGAAAGCAUGUGUGCGUGUGAGUGAGAUGUGGACGGCCAGCUGUGUAGAUGAAGUGUGUGAAGCACAUACCAUUACAGAAAGGAGCUUCGUCAUGGGCUGGCCAACUUACAACUGCGUGGCUACAUUUAGCACUUCAGAAGAGAAGGAGAGAUGGCUUUCUCUCAUUGAAAGUUGCAUAAAAGAAGAGAAACAAUAUGAUGAUCCACAGAUAAUUCCACUGGAGAUAUUUUCAAAAGAUAUUGAAAACUGUGACCACGUAAAGACAAUUUCUGUCAGCAACACAGACUGCACUUCUGAUGUCAUUAGCACAGCACUGAAACAGUUUGGUCUGUCUGGUGUAAUAAAAGAUUAUCAGUUGUGGGUAUGUUCGAAGAAAGAUGAAACUCCAUACCCUUUAAUUGGUCAUGAGUUCCCCUACAGCAUUAAGAUAAGCCACAUGCGCUCUCUACAGCAAGAUGCAGUAACUUCAUCUCACCGACAGGAGGCCCUAUUGCCUAUGGAUUUAUACUGCCAGUUCUUUCUGAGGCCCAGACAAAUAAGCUGCACAAUCACAGGUGAACAGAAGGGGAGGAAGAGGAGGAUGUCUCUUAUUAGUUGGGCAUUAAAAAGAAGCUUCAGCAUUGAACAGGAUGUCCAUUCAGAAUCACCUGCCUCCUCUGGCCAUACCAUGACAUCAUCUGGUCAAUUGUUUGGUCAGCCACUCAGUAAUGUGAUAAAAGAUAACACACUGCCAUCACCCGUUGUGGACAUGCUGAUGUGUUUGUGCAGCCAUGGAGCUAUGACACCUGGAAUAUUACGGCGUUCUGCUGGAGUGAAAGCCUGUCGGGAGCUCCGAGAAAAACUGGAUUCUGGUCAUCAUGAAAGACCGCUGAAUGAAGAAUCUGUAUUUGUCACAGCUGCUGUGUUUAAGGAUUUCUUACGUAAUAUACCAGGCAGCUUGUUGUGUGAGGAGCUCUAUGAGCUGUGGCUCAGGGCAAUAGAGCAAGAUGGAGUGAAAGAAAGACGGAUGAUGGAGAUAAAGCAGCUACAGGAAGUUCAGAGGCUUCUUCAGCUCUUGCCUAUGGAAAAUCUGCUGUUGCUAAGACAUGUCAUUGCUAUGCUGCAUCAAAUCCAGCUCAAUGCAGAGCACAACCAGAUGAACUCUUAUAAUCUGGCAGUGUGUAUAGCACCUAGCUGUCUCUGGAAUAGCUAUCUGCAAUCUCAGGAAGAGGAUGCCAAAAAGGUGUGUGACCUUAUGCAUUUUUUGAUUGACAACUGCCAUGUACUGUUUGGGACCGACAUUAUAACCCUAUUAAAGGAUUUAACUGAAGACAGCAGAAGCAAGUUUGGAUCAGUUGGGUCUUUACAGCAGAUGUCAGACUCGGGUUAUGACAGUCUUAAGAACGAAGUGAACACUGAAACAGAAGACAUUUUAGGGGCCGUCCCUCUUAAAGACAGUCGCAGUAUGGACUCACUCAUUUCAAGUGACUAUGACCUUGAUUGCCCAGAUGAUGAGCUGGAGACAGACUCCACCCACCCAAUGGUACAAAGCAGUAACGUUCAGCAUCGAGCCCUUGAAUUGCAGCGAGACUCUGUAACUGGAUACGCUUUAAAGACUCAUGUGCAUGAAGAGGAUCUAAAAAGAGGAAAAUGUGAUAAGGUUGAGAUACCUGCAGGUGAAUUAAAUGAAAAUGUGUUGGAACAAAGGUUUCAACAACUCAAGCUUGCGUCUGGAAAAGAUGAAGCUGGUCAGCAAACUCCACCUUCCGUGUUUCGUCACAACACAAGCGAUUAUUUAAAAUCCUCCCUCAGGAUUUUCCAUUCUCCUCAGAAUUUUUCACCGAAAUCGUAUUGGCUUCGCCGGAAAAGUGCAGACUACCAAUAUCCACUCACUGAUGGCACUCAUUUUGAAAGGGAUGUACUAAAUAAAUCAUCUCUUUCCAAGACCAAAAGUCCUCCUUCUUAUCAGGUUGACUUAACAAACCUAAACCGAAAAGUCCCAGAGACUCUCACACAAGUGAGAGCUACAGGGAAACCACUUAAGGAAAUAAACCUGUUGUACAAGGGGCCUGGAAACAGCCCUUCAGAAGAUCACCAGAUGUUCCAUACUCGUGAAAACUUCAAACAUGCUGGACAUGACUCUACCUGUAUGAAAUUCAAGGCAAAAGAAAAGGCCACACUACCAGAGAGUAUGUUUUAUGGACAGAGCCGUAAGUUAACAGUGCACAGGUUCAGGGAAGAGAAUCCACCAAUAAAUGCAGACUGUAAGGCUGACAGCCACUCUGGGAAGAAACGGACGUUUAAAGGCUCUGAUGCUUUAAAUCUGAAAAGCGAGAAGGUUGCUGAGAUCCAAGCUGUUGGGAGAAGCCAUAGGCUCAGACGUUGCAGUAGCAGCCAGUGGGUUGGUGAGCUGGGGUUUCAUUCUGAGGAGUCUUAUGUUUAAAACUGCACACA